UAAUUUAUUUCAAAAAAUUUUGAAGAACAACUCUCUCUCUCUCUCUGCAGAUAGGCUUCUGGCUUCUUCAUUGUUUGUAAGCUACCGCUAAGUUUGAAGUUUCUAAACACAAAUUGUAGCUGUUGCAUUGCAGAAGACAAAAAUGGAACAGAUAUUCUCGUUUGGUAGUAAAAUGGUUGGAGAAUAUAUGGGUUUUGAUGAAAAUUUGGAAACACUAAACGUUGAAGUAGAUCAACUUUACGAGCAAGCGAAUGACAUAAAAGCAGAGUUGAUGAACAUAGAAAGAGGAGGGCAAAGGAAGAGAAAACGCGAAGUGGAGAGUUGGCUUCAGCAAGUGGAGCAGUUGAAAAAACACUUUGAAACAUUCAAGGAAAGCAUACAAGGUAGGGGAUUAAUAAUGACGAAUGCCUGGAAGUUAAUAAAAGCACAACAACUCGAAAGGAUGACAGAAAGAGUUAAAAAGCUUAGAGAUGAGGGCAGAAAUAUUAGUGAACUUACACUGAAUGUGAGUAUGGUAUAUCAACUCAAUGUUGAUCAAUUAUCUGGGACAACGUCUAAAUUUAAUUUAGAAGAAAUAUAUGGAUGGGUGGAAGAUGAAAAUGUUACUAGUAUUGGGGUGUAUGGAACAAGAGGUGUUGGGAAGACAACCUUGGUUAAACAUAUAUAUAACCAAAUCCUUCAAAACAACCCUCGUGUUAAUGUUUACUGGGUUACAGUUUCUCAAGAUUUUAACAUUAGAAAAUUACAAGAUAACAUUGCCAAAAUUACUGGUAUUACAAUUUCUGAUGACGAGAAUGAAGAGCAAAGGGCUGCUAUUUUACGCAACCAUUUAGUGGGAAAUAAUGUUGUGCUCAUAUUGGAUAACGUGUCGGACAACAUUCACUUGGAGAAAUUGGGUGUCCCUCCUAGGGAUAAGGGUUACAAGCUCAUUUUAACUACUCGGCUACUAGAUGUGUGUCGUAAGAUUGGAUGCCAAAAGUUGUUCAAAAUUAAUGUUCUUAAUGAGGAAGAAGCUUGGAAUUUGUUCAAGGAAAUUUUAGUACAAGAUGAUCAUACUGUACUCACCGAUGCUAUUGAAAACCAUGCAAAAGAAUUGGCAAAAAAGUGUGGUGGCUUACCAUUGGAACUCAACACUGUAGCUGCAAGCAUGCGAGGGGUCAAUGAUGAUCAUUGGAGGAAUACCAUUAAGAAUUUUCCAAAUGGUUCUACUUAUUAGGACUCUGUAUUUUAUCAUAUUUUCAAAAUGGUUCUACUUAUUAGGACUCUAUAUUUACCAAUCAUGAUCUAGUUAGGGUUAUGUCUUAUAUCCCUAUAAAAAAUCCAUUCAUGCAUGUACUAUGAAAA